UUUGUCUGAUACACUCAUCCAUAGUGGCGAAAGGGGGUCUGCGUAAAGAAGGGGGCUGGAGCUUUUACAAACCAACACGAGCGACCCAAGUCCUUCAGUCCCGGGCCGUGCGCGCGGGCGAACGCAUCGGGUUGUUAUUGAGGGAAAGCUGGGCACAGGAAACCCGCAGUCUCCAAUGGUUCUGCUAUCUGUCAUCCAUGCGCAGAACCCAAACCCGGCAGCCCCGCACCUGCUAACCGAGACCACCGGGAUAUAAGAGAUACUAACACGCGGAUGGAUGGGACCAACGCUGGAAAAUGAGUUCUGGGGAAAGCAUGCGUGCUGAAAACAUUUAAGCAUUUAUUGCUUUGAGAGCAAUUUGUUCUGACCUAGAACAUACGGUCAUGUCUGACACCUGACAAAUCCUGCGUCCAUCUGCAACUUUCCGAAGUUCCCCUCUCCUCGGCUGGAUUCACCUUACAUCUUCGUUUCUUUCAGUUGUUCUGUGCGUAAGAAAGACGAGACGGCGACUUCAGUUGAUUAUCGGUCUUUUCUCUGUUAUCCGAUGGAUAUUCACUGUAAGGCAGACCCCUUCUCCGCCAUGCACCGGCACGGGGGAAUGAACCAGCUGGGCGGGAUGUUCGUGAACGGAAGGCCUUUACCUGACGUCGUGCGCCAGAGAAUCGUGGAGCUCGCGCAUCAAGGGGUCCGACCCUGUGACAUCUCCAGACAGCUGAGGGUCAGUCACGGCUGCGUCAGCAAGAUCCUGGGCAGAUAUUAUGAGACUGGCAGCAUAAAGCCUGGAGUCAUCGGAGGAUCCAAACCUAAAGUGGCCACGCCGAAGGUGGUGGAUAAAAUAGCGGACUAUAAACGCCAGAAUCCCACCAUGUUCGCCUGGGAGAUCCGGGACAGGCUGCUGGCGGAUGGCAUCUGUGAUAACGACACCGUCCCCAGCGUCUCCUCCAUAAACAGGAUCAUUCGGACGAAGGUUCAGCAACCGUUUCAUCUCUCACCAGAUGGGACGUCUCUUUCCGCCCCAGGACACACUAUAGUCCCCAGUACAGCAUCUCCUCCGGUCUCCAGUUCCUCCAAUGACCCUGUGGGCUCCUACUCAAUCAACGGCAUUCUGGGAAUCCCUCGCUCCAAUGGAGAAAAGAGGAAAAGAGAUGCUCACGGAUCUGAGGGUUCAGCGCAGAGCAGUGAUUCUCAGGGCAGCGUGGAGAGCCUGAGGAAACAUCUGCGAGCCGAUGCCUUCACGCAGCAGCAGUUAGAGGCCCUGGACCGGGUGUUCGAGAGGCCGGCAUUCCCAGACGUCUUUCCCACUUCUGAACACAUCAAACCAGAGCAGGCGAGUGAAUACAGCCUCCCUGCAUUAAACGCAGGCCUGGAUGAAGCCAAACCCAGUUUAUCCUCCGGCACGACCUCUGACCUGGGCGCCAGCGUGUCACAGAGCUACCCUGUAGGUCGGGAUAUGACCAACACAACCUUACCCGGAUAUCCACCUCACGUCCCUCCCACCGGACAGGGCAGCUACCCAACAUCCACACUGGCUGGAAUGGUUCCUGGGAGCGAAUUUUCAGGGAAUCCCUACAGCCAUCCACAGUACACAACCUACAAUGAAGCCUGGAGAUUCAGCAACCCAGCAAUACUGAGUUCCCCCUAUUAUUAUAGUGCAUCCCGAGGCUCCGCCACUGCCUAUGACCGCCACUAGUUACCACGGAAACCAAAUCAGGCGGCACGCCCACGGACUCGGACUUCAUAUUCUGCCAGUGUGAGCAGUGCAGCUGAUUGAACAGAGCGGUUUCAUGCAGUCACAUGAUGAAGAACAGACCAAUCAGGAACAAAAACAUCUCGACGACAAUUCAGCCAGUCGCACGAGCCUCAACGGGCUCGACGAGGGAAAACCGAUAAACGAACAAUAAAUGUAUAUCUCAAAGACUGAGGGUAAAUAUGAUUUUUAAAACAAAAUUAACAUCUGCUUUUUUAAUACUUUUAUAUUUUGUCCGUUCAUUAAUAUUAUUCAUAGGUAUUCAUACUUAAAGAGGUUCUAGCAUAUAUAUGCAUUUGUUUGUUUGGAUAGACACUGAAAUGAAUGAUAUCAAAGGACAUUUUCUAAAAUGAAAAUUGCUAAUAUAUGUAAAAGCAUUUCAGAUGCUGUCAAUGUGCUGAUUUUGUACUUUUGAGUGUCUAUCCAAAUUUACAAAAAUGUCUAUGUUUAUUUAUGAAUACCUACAAUACGAACAAGUUCACCCUGGAUGUACACAUCUAACGAGGAAAACCUUUCCAACGCAUGGUUGUAGAUUCUCCUAAUAGGUUUCUCUCUCGGUGUGUCUCUGGACUGCGCAAAAACGAACAGUAAAUCUCAAAACUUGACACUCCACUCAUCGCACAAUAAACUAUCACUCAAUACAGUAUGUACCCAGCAUGGAAAUACAAAGCAAGCAGGCCUUCUUCUCCCUCUCAAUGCCAGCAGAAGAUCGCUAGCACACUUCUGUGAGAAACAAUCAGAAAACAACCAGAAAGAAGAAGAAACCGGGAGAAGAAUAUUUCAUCAAACAGAGAAACUGUCAAUCCUGGUCCUGCCGAGGCCAGAUUUGAUUAUACGUGGAAGAUACAUUUUUGUAUGUUGUUGUUUUUUUUUUAUAAUGACAAAGGUAUCAUGAAGGACUCUACAGUAUGCAUGGAUUAUUUUCAUUCAUUAUGCAUUUUUAUGUGUUUAUCAUAGAUCAAAUUAUGUCAAAUUCUCAGGGGGGGGAUUCACUAAGAAUGAACUGAUAAGCACCUGAUUUGUGCAAAACACUGCAAACACUAUUUCAGCCAGUUGCAUAAACUUAAAGGGUUAGUUCACCCAAAAAUAAAAAAUUAGCU